AAAAUCCACUCACGCUCGCUCGCUCGCUCACAAGUGAAUCAACCACUCAUGGCUUCAUCAGCUCUGUGUCUCAAAUUUUUCUCUUCUUACACUCCCAUCACAUCCUCCUUAAACCCAACAACAAAAAAGCAUGGUAAUACUAACUUAAACAAUGCCCAGAUAACAACCCCUUCAUUUAUGUUUGCAAACAACAACAACAAAGAACUUGCGGUGUUAACAAACCCCAUUUCGCAAUCCAAUGCCACCACCAAUGUUAAAGUGCCAACACCUCCAUGGAUAAAGGGUCCUCUCAUUCUCCAACCCCACGAACUCCUUAACCUCACCAACCCCAAAAACAAGAAGCCAAUAAAGAAUGACAAGAUUGAAAAAGAUGACAAGGCUUUGACUGCUAAAGAAAGUGGGGUUAGAGGCAAUAAAGCAAUGAUACAGAUUGUUAAAAGUGUUGAAAGACUGCAAAGAGAUGAAAACUUGAAGGACACCCAAGAGAUUUCUGAGAGUGGAGAGAGUUUAAAGCAGCUCGGAAAAGAAAGGAUUUUAAGUGUUUUCGGUGACAAAAGGAUUGUAAGAAGUAUUGAAAAACUCCAAGAAGAUCAAAACUUGAAGGAAACCCCAGUGAAUUCUGGGGGUUUUGAGAUUGGAGAGGGUUUAAAACAGCUUAACGGAGAUGGGGUUUCGGGGUUUAGGGAAAAAAAGCUGCCAUGGGUGAGAGAAGAGAGAGUUGGGAAUUGGAGAAUGAAAAAAGAGAAGGUGGUUAGCAAGGCCGAGUUGAGUCUUGAUAAGGAGUUACUUGAGAGAUUGAGAGGAGAGGCUGCAAAGAUGAGGACUUGGGUAAAGGUGAAGAAAGCUGGGGUGACUCAGAGUGUAGUUGAUGAGAUAAGAUUGACUUGGAGAACGAGUGAGCUGGCUAUGAUUAAAUUCUAUAUGCCUUUGUGUAGAAAUAUGAAUAGAGCAAGAGAUAUUGUUGAGAUGAAGACAGGAGGCUUGGUUGUUUGGACCAGAAAAGAUAUUCAUGUUGUUUAUAGAGGAUGCAAUUAUCAGUGGAAGAAAAACUUUAAUACAGCUACAAUCGAGGAAAGUUUUCCCAGAAAUGGUGGAGAAGAAGAGUCUAUAUCAGCUGGCAUCUUAAUGGAAGCAGAUUUGAAUACACAACCAAUUAAUGGAUCACUGUUUGAGAGAGAAACUGAUAGAUUAUUAGAUGGCUUAGGACCUCGUUUUGUUGACUGGUGGAUGCGAAAGCCAUUGCCAGUAGAUGCAGAUUUGCUUCCAGAAGUAGUUAAAGGAUUCAGGUCUCCAUCAAGGCUUUGUCCUCCACGUAUGAGAUCAAAGUUGAAAGAUGAUGAACUGACAUACUUGAGAAAGCUUGCUCAAUCUCUACCCACACAUUUUGUCCUUGGGAGGAACAGAAGACUUCAAGGCCUAGCUGCUGCUAUCUUGAAGUUGUGGGAAAAGACUAUUAUAGCUAAAAUUGCUGUGAAGUGGGGAGUUCCAAAUACCAACAAUGAGCAAAUGGCAGAUGAGCUUAAGAGUCUCACUGGAGGAGUUCUGCUGCUUCGGAAUAAGUUCUUUAUAAUACUUUAUAGAGGCAAAGACUUUCUUCCUGGCCAAGUUGCAAAUGUAAUAGUGGACAGAGAAAUUGCACUUAGAAAAUGCCAAACCAACGAAGAAGGUGCAAGAAUGAAAGCAAUUGAAACUUCUUAUAUGCCCGGCGGACCAACCAACACAAGCAGAAGUGGAACUUUAUAUGAAUUUCAGGAAUUCCAAAUCAAAUUUCAGAAGACGGCAAAAGCGGACUCUGAAAUUCAAUUAGAAGCUUAUAAGGAAAAACUAGAGAGGGAAUUGAGGAAUCAAGAAUACAGGCUUCGCAUUCUUAAAAGUAAGAUAGAGAAGCCAGCGAGGGACUUGUCAAAAUUGAAUUCUGCAUGGGUACCUAGUCCACGGGAUGCAGACCAAGGAAUAAUGACAGAAGAGGAAAGAGAAUGCUUCCGGAAGAUAGGACAGAAGCUACGUGGUAGCUUAGUGCUUGGGAGGCGUGGGGUCUUUGAGGGUGUUAUGGAAGGUCUGCAUCAGCACUGGAAGCACAGAGAAGUGGUGAAGGUGAUUACAAUGCAGAGAGUGUUUUCCCAGGUCAUUCACACUGCAACAUUGCUUGAAGCAGAAAGUGAUGGGAUCCUAGUUUCAGUGGACAAGCUAAAAGAAGGUCAUGCCAUAAUUAUUUACCGUGGAAAAAAUUACAAACGCCCUCUAAGGCUUCUAAAGAAGAAUCUUUUAACCAAAAGAGAAGCAUUAAAGAGAUCUCUUCUAAUUCAGAGAGUUGGGUCGUUGAAGUUUUUUGCAAAUCAGAGAGAGCGUGUGAUCUCAGAUUUGAAACUCAAACUGGCAGAGCUUCAUAGAUCCAAGGAAAAACAUCUUAAAAGUGAUACACUAUGAGCUAAUAGUGGAUCACAUAGUGAUUCCUCAUGAUAUAAGGGAGUGCAGUGAAGAUUUUCGAUAGGGAGGACUUCCCCACUUCUUCAAUAUCAUACUAGAAAAAUCCUGCCUAUGCCAUAUCGUCAAUAAAUGCGAAGAGUCAAUUUAGACAACUCUGAAGGCAGGGUGCCAGAGAGGUUUAUUGAGGAUUCUUUACCAGAGGUAUCACAUUGCACACCAAUCCAGUUGGUGCAGAAGCCUUUGGAGGACACAUUGGACCAGCCUGAUGGCAAGGGGUUCAGGGAAUUAGCUAGUUUCAGCAUGACAGCAACAUCAUUGGCCGUGACAGAUGAGAGAAUGAGAAGGAAACUGAGAUGAUGACUCAUUGAGGGAAUUGGAUAGAUAAAGCGAUAGAAAUGAACAAUCUAGACUCUCUAAGGUUUAUUUGGUUUUGAAGAGGAUGUGAUUUUCAUUUCAUCUUUUCUUUUUUCUUGUCAGCUAAGAGGUUACAGCCAAUGCUAGGAUUUCAAGAAGAUAAAUCAGUCCCUUGAUUAUUUUUGGAUGCCGUUAACACAUCUUAACUAGUUAAAAAAACUAAAUUACACAUUAUGUACUAACAGGAACGCAGGCUAAGGAGAGUUGAAGAACUUAGCUAGAAAAAUAUUCUUAGCAAAGGCAGCUUUCAGGUUUGACUCUGCUAGUUGCUUCAGAAUCAAAAUUUUCAUUUUUGAGUA